AUGGAGACAAUAUUUAUGAACUUCUCCUUCAGAAUGACCCACAAGCUCUACAUAAGACGACUUGAUUGGACCAUUGUUCAAUGCGAUGGCGCCAUGGACAAGCUGCACGAUGAGAACGCGUCAUCGAUUUCUCCUUUGAAUGCCACCUUGAAUGAUGCCUUGGGCAGAAUUCUUGUCUUUUGCCAAUCGCGAAUCUUGAUGAAUCGACAGCUUCCACGCGAAUUUGUCGGGGGCUUUCUGUUUGGAGAUGCGAUCGGAUUGGAUUGGAUUGAUUCGACUCUUAUUGGGGCUGAAAAGCGAAUGUUAUCGGAGCCCAUCUUGGAACUAAUGGCGAAAGAAUCUCUUCCGGAUCAUCACGAUUUCAUGGACAAGGAUAUAGUGACUUUACAAGAUGCUGCCAGUGAACUCAAUAAGUCCUAUGUCAAGCCAUUUUGCAUUGUCAUGUGUCAAAAGUGGUUCAUUCCCAUCCAACCCAAGCCCAAAUUGAUCGACUUUUGA